CGGAAGYGCGGCGGCGGCGGCGGGAUGGCGGCCGAGGGGGACGUGGAGCUGGAGCUGGAGACGGAGCCCAACGGCGCCGGGAGCGGCGGCGACGGCGCGGGCGGGCGCGCGGCCGAGAAGCCCCGCAAGCACGACAGCGGCGCGGCCGACCUGGAGCGCGUCACCGACUACGCGGAGGAGAAGGAGAUCCAGAGCUCCAACCUGGAGACGGCCAUGUCGGUGAUCGGCGACCGGCGGUCCCGGGAGCAGAAGGCCAAGCAGGAGAGGGAGAAAGAACUCGCAAAAGUCACCAUCAAGAAGGAAGACCUGGAGCUGAUCAUGAACGAGAUGGAGAUCUCGCGGGCGGCGGCCGAGCGCAGCCUGCGGGAGCACAUGGGCGACGUGGUGGAGGCCCUCAUCACGCUCACCAACUGAGCGCCGCGCCGGCGCGCUGUGCGCGGCCAGCCCUCCAAUAAAGCGCCGGCUGGA